ACCUGCGACAGACGUUUUUGAGACAAACGAUUACUUUAUCAUUCAUUGUGAUUUGCCCGGCGUUCCUAGGGAAGAUAUUUCAAUCGACCUCCGUGAUCAUGAACUUAUCAUCCAAGGCGAAUCUAAGCGCGCUGCUACUUAUGAAAGUGCGACGUCUCGUGUUCGCGAGCGUAACCUAGGUCGCUUUCGAAAACACGUUUAUUUGCCACGAGAUCUUACCAUCGAACAAAAUGAUAUCGAAGCAAAAUAUGAGAAUGGAUUACUCGAAACAAAG